AUGGGUGAAAGCAGUAAAUCUCUUCGAAUAGAUUGGUUUGAUGGCUCUGUUACACAAGAAACAAGGCCUAACCAUUCACAAUAUUUAAAUGAGGAAAUCUCUAAACCGAAACCACAGUCAACAUUACGUGAAACAGAAAAGAAACCUAUAGGAUUCAAGCGAUUGCUUGAUCUUUCUCUAUUGAAACCACCGAUUUUGAACCUCGAACUCUCUAACAGGCGAGGGUUUUGGUAUCUUUUUAAUGGAAAUCUAAAAGGCGACUUUAUAGUACUUUUAGUUAAAAUCAUAAGUUCGGUUUACAAAUCCUUAGAACCAAAUGAUACAUCAAAAAUAACUACAUUAUUAAUCUAUAAAUUCCAAAAAUCUAACUUUUUAUUCCAACUAAAAGAUUAUUUGAAUACUAUACCAAAAGUGAAAACUGUAGAUAAGCGCAUGAAUAUGCAAUUAUGGGAUGAUGUGGAGUCAUUUUACUUUUUGGUUCUUGAUUUAUGUGUGGCAAUUUUUAAGUCUGGAUUAGCACCUAAAAUAUAUUUAGAGCAAUUAUAUGAUAUAUUAGAAGUAGCAGAAGUUAGUGCUAUCAAAGUCCAAGAAAAUCAUAUGGAACCUAUUAGAGAAAAAUUCUAUCAACAAUUACAUCAAGCAAAGAUUGUAUUAAAUCAAUCUAUUAGUCCUUUUAUGGAAGAAGUAGCCAUAAACACAAAACAGAUAACACCUGAAGAGACUUAUAUUAUGAAUAAUUUUAGAAAUCUUGAUAUCUUCCCAAAUAGAAAGGAUCUUCUUGAAGAUAAAAAUGUACAAAUUGAACCAAAUCUUAUUGAUGGAGCAUAUCCAACUGUUAUGACUUAUUUGGAUUUACAGUUUAAGUUAUUAAGAGAAGAUUGCUACGGCCCAUUGAGAGAAGGAUUAACUAAAUAUAUGGCAAAUCCAUCUAACACAAGAUACGAAAAUAUCAGAGUGUAUCCAAAAGUUCGUGUAAUACAAACAUAUGCAAGCAGAAAUAAAGUAGGCUAUUUAGUAGAUAUUGCUUGGAAUGAACGUUUAAAUAACAAGUCUGUGAAUUUAAAGAAAUAUGCAUCCAAUAAGUGGCUUAUGUGUGGUUCACUGUUGCUUUUCACUAGUGAUAAUUUCCAGAACAUUUUGUUUGCAUCUGUACUUGACUCAAACUUGGAUUUACUUAGUCAAGGAUAUAUAACCGUCACGUUCCAAAACCCAGUCCCACAUGAAAUUUUCUCCGAGCAAUACUUAAUGGUGGAAAGUGAAGUGUUUUUCGAACCUUACCAUAGAGUGUUAAAAGUUUUACAAACAUUACCUUCUAAUGACUUGCCAAUGAAAAGGUACAUUUUGGAUGUUCAGAAAGAAACAAUGCCGCCUGCAUAUCUGAAAUCAGGCAAAAUAUAUUCAAUACUCAAUCAAAACAAUAAAGAAAUAUUAUUCUCUGCGAUAUCAGAUAGUUGGCCGUCUGAGAAACACUUCGGCUUAGACAAAUCUCAAAUGGAAGCGUAUAAAUUCGCAUUAUCAAAAGAAUUUGCUGUAAUCCAAGGACCUCCUGGUACAGGGAAAACGUUCUUAGGAAUCAAAGUGGCUUCAACCCUCCUUAGAAACCUAUCCCUUAUUGGGACCCCAAUGUUAAUCAUUUGCUACACAAAUCACGCACUCGACCAAUUUCUGGAAGGUAUCAUCAAAGUCACUAGCGAUGUUAUAAGAUUAGGCCACCAAAGUAAAAGCAAAAUUUUAAACCCAUACAACUUACACAAUAUGCGAAUAAAAAUGAAGUCGCGACACUCGCACCUUUACGCGAAGAAACGUUCGGAAUUGAACAGCGUGUUUAAAAACAUAACAGAUGUACAAUCCGAUAUAGAAAUGUGUGACAAAGAAAUACUUACAUAUAAAACUAUCAAAUCGUAUUUGAAUCGCCUUGAUAGAAUGCCAUAUUUAAAGUGUUUUAACGAGGAUGCUAUAUUAACUUGGCUGUUUGGACAUUUAGAUAGGGUUGAUGAUUUAACGUAUAGUUUGGACAAUUGGGAAAAACAAUACGAAGAUUUCCAAAUCACAGAUAAAAUAGAAAGCUGUUUUUCUGAAAAAUGGGCAUUAAAGGAAAUAAAAUCAAUGCAAAACAGCAUAAAUUACGUAAAAAAUAUAGAAGAUAUAAACUUGCAAAGUCAAAGUGUGAUACGUAAGUUUGAGAUGGAGAUAGAAAAAAUAAAGAAAAGGCUUCAAUGUUUUAAAAAAUAUAUGGCGACAUUGUAUAAUAAAAAGAAAGGGUGUCUUUCUAAGAUGCCUAUUGUAGAUUUAUAUAAACUAUCGACUGAUGAAAGAUGGCAACUGUAUUUCAACUGGGUUGCACUUGUUAAGGAUCAUUUGAUGAUCAAAAUGAAUCUGUUAGUGGAGAAACACAAUGAAUUGAGUCGUGAAUUAGAUGAUAUAUCGACAACUUUAGACACAGAGUUGAUGCAAACCAUACGAGUGGUCGGCGUGACGACGACGGUGGCCGCGCGCCGACGGGACUUGAUGAACAAACUGAAGUCGCCUAUUGUUAUAGUAGAAGAGGCAGCCGAAGUUCUAGAGGCUCAUAUUGUCGCUUCGAUUACGUAUUAUUGCCAGCAUCUCAUACUUAUUGGUGACCAUAAACAACUGAGGCCUACAGCCGCACAUUAUAUAUUGGCAAAACAUUAUAACAUGGAGAUAUCUCUCUUCGAACGCAUGAUACGUAACGGUGUUCACGCGCGUACUUUGACCACGCAACGACGUAUGCGUAAAAACUUCAUGGACCUAUUAGUCCCUACAAUAUACGAUUAUUUGGAUUGUCACCCUACUGUCUUGGACUAUCCACCUGUGAAAGGAAUGAAAGACACCCUAUUCUUCUAUAACCAUAACGUGUUUGAGGAUUCUAAGUACUCAAAAGAAAGUUGGAGUCACGUAAAUACGUUUGAGGCUAAAUGGAGCGCGUCCUUAGCGAACUAUUUACGUAAGAUGAAGUAUGAAGCUCAUGAGAUCACGAUUUUAACGACUUAUAAUGGCCAAGUUUCAAUUAUAGAAGAGAUAAGCAAAAAGUAUCCAUUACUGAGAAACGUUAAAAUAACAGUUGUAGAUAAUUAUCAGGGGGAAGAGAACAGGAUAGUGAUAUUAUCACUAGUGAGGAGUAACAAGGACAGAAAUAUAGGCUUUCUGUCAACUUCUAAUAGGAUUUGUGUCGCUUUGUCUAGAGCUAAAGAAGGUUUCUACAUGUUUGGUAACAUGGAGGUUCUUCAAUCGGCCAGUCCAAUAUGGCGAGCAAUACAUGAAAAAUUAAAAGACCAAAAGGCUAUAGGAUCGGAAAUUGCUUUAGAGUUGAAUGAAAAUCAGGAGAAAGUAAUCGCUAUUAACAACACCCUUACAAACAUCGCUGAACUGGACUCCUGUGGGCCCACAGAUGACAGAAGUACAUGGGAUUUUCCUCAUGAAGAUUUAAGCAAUUUAUCGCUGCAAACGCCUGAUGAGUACGAUGUUAUGUUUGAAGACGAAGUUAAUUCAAGUAAUGGGGAUUCGGACCACAUCAGUCAGGGGAGCGUGGCCGAUCAAUUGGAUGAAGAAACAGAUCUUGUAUCUGAAAUAGCGGAA